AUGGGUGUGAAAUAUUUGCUUGCGUUGUGCUCACUAGUUUGGAUUGCAGAGGCACAAGUAGUCAAGGUUUUCAAUGUGGAAAAAUAUGGUGCAGUUGCAGAUGCCAAGACUGAUAACUCUGUGGCAUUUCUGAAAGCAUGGAAUGAGGCAUGCAAAUGGAAUGGCAAUGCAAUGGUUUUGAUCCCAAAAGGAACCUACAUGCUCAACGAAGUCAUGUUUGAAGGUCCAUGCAAUGGUUGGACAAAUUUUAAAAUAAGAGGAGUUUUGAAGGCUUCAACUGAUCUAUCUUCAUACAAAACUGAGAACUGGAUAAAUUUUAGAUAUGUCAACAAUUUGAUUGUAAAUGGAGGUGGCGCAUUGGAUGGUCAAGGAUCUUCAGCUUGGACUCAGAAUAACUGCCGCAAUAAUCCAAAUUGUCACGCUCUUCCUACGACAAUGAAAUUUGACUUCAUCACCAAUAGCAAAGUCCAUCGCCUGCAUUCUAUUAACAGCAAACAAAACCAUUUUAUGCUGUUUGCAUGUGAGAAUAUGACACUCACAAGACUCACUUUAUCAGCUCCUGCUGAUAGCCCCAACACAGAUGGCAUCAAAAUAGGAGAAUCAAAUGGGGUGAACAUCACAAGUGUGAACAUCGGCACCGGUGAUGACUGCAUUGCUCUUAUCUCCGGCGCGAAGAAGGUUCGGAUUAUGGAUGUGUUUUGUGGCCCUGGUCAUGGAAUCAGUGUGGGAAGCCUUGGUAAGAAUGACGGGGAAAAAGAUGUAGAAGACAUUGUUGUGAAGAAUUGCACCUUCAGUGGUACUGAUAAUGGUCUUAGAAUCAAAACAUGGGCUUCUUCUUUGAGCAAAACUUUGAAGGCCUCUAAUUUUGUCUAUGAAGAUAUUGUCAUGGAUAAUGUGGAGAAUCCCAUUAUCAUUGAUCAAGAAUAUUGUCCAUAUCCUCCUUGCAAAACCCAGGUUGUUUCAAAUGUACAGAUCAGCAAUGUGAAGUAUACAAAUAUUAGAGGAAGCAGCAUGACUGAAAUUGCAGCCAAUUUUAAGUGUAGUAGGAAUAAGCCAUGCCAAAACAUAACAACGGAGAGCAUUCGUUUGACGAGAUCUGGUGGCAAAGGAGGAAUAAGCAAUUCAUGUAAUAAUGUCAAUGGUGCUUCUUAUGGCCAACAGAUUCCCCCUUCCUGCUUGUAGUGACCAAUUUCAUCUUAGAAUUGAAAUUCUCUCCUUUCCUUGUUUGUAUUUUUUGCAAUCUUCUUAUUAACUAUUUCCAUGUGCAAAAGGAAUGUGUUGCUUUAUUGUCCUUGAAACAAGGAUAUGUUUCAUACGAAUCAGAAGUAUUAGAGAUUUAACAAAUACUAAAAAUAUCCUCCUUCCUUCUAUUCAUGCUUGCAAUCUGCUCAUUAAUUGUUGCUGUAUGUGAACAUUGAACAAAAU